AUGGGCAUUAGCUUCAUUUUGUUGGUCGUGGUGGCUGUGGUAUCGAUAAUUACUGGUAGUUUUGGAUGUUUCAUCGGGAAGAGGAGUACUACGAGUGAUGAUACUAUCAAUAUCGAUUAUCCCGAUUAUUCGCCCAAAAACGAGAAUUAUCCGGUAGUGCCAAAAAGGGCAGCUCUAUUAUUCGAUCAAUUAAUGGUAGCUCUACAGAAGGUUGUUGAUAAUCAAGGAAAAGGUUCAGUCGGAAGCAAAACUUCAGUUGGAAGUAAAAGUUCAACCAGAAAUAAAGUUCCAAUUGAAAGUACAGGUAUAAGCAAGCCAUCAGCACAUCAACAUUUCCAAACCGUCAACUCGGAAGUCGUCCCUAUGAUGGAUGACCAAACGAUGGAUCUGCAACGACGCGCACUAGCCCAGAGUGAACUUUUCUGGCGCUGUUACUUCAAUGCCCUCGCAUGCUUUAAGAAGAAGUGA